AUGUUCACUCUAAAAGUCCAUGCUGACGUGGACGCAAACUCCCAGACCAGUACCGCUGCUGCCGUCACCUCUUACAGCGACGCGGUUCGUCGUGCUACUAACGGGGCCUCGCUUAACGCUGCUAGUAGCACCUCGCCGGCGUCAGAUGCGGAGAAGCUGACACGUGGCCAACGGCCAGGGGAACUCGAAGGUGAAAUCCGCGAAGCUGAGGACCGCGGGGCGGGUGACAACGCGCGAAGUGACAAUAACGAGAGCAUCCCGUUCUCGUCCGGCAAUCCCAAGGUGGAAUCGACACGCGGCGUGAUUCACCUCUACCGCAACACCGCGGAAAGCCCCGGCUCGCUGCAGAACCUGCCGGUAGGAGCUGUUGGGCGCCCACUUGUGCUGUUUGCGAUUUCCCAUGCCUCCUCUUCUCUCCCAUCCACGCCACGGCGCCACGCCAUGCGCCCUCGCUCACCAGCCCGACAGGGGCGUGGAGCCGUGCGGGCGGGCAGUGCCCACCCCGACAGGGGAGUGGAGCUGUGUGUGCUGGCGGUGCCCACGUACAUGACAGGCGCCGACUUCUGCCAGUUCACUGGCGCACUGCUGGGGGCUAUCGAGAGCAUGCGCAUCGUCAGGAACGACAGCCUAUCAGAGCGCUACAUGGUGCUCAUGCGAAUGAAGUCCCAAGAGGCGGCGGAUGGCUUUUUCCGGCAGUUCAACAACAAACCAUUUUCCUCCAUGGAGAGCGAGUUGUGUCGGGUGCUGUUCACGAAGCAGGUGCUGGUGACGGGGUCGCAGGAGGAUGCAGCCACGCCCCCCGCGGGCCUCACAGAGCUGCCCUCCUGCCCCGUGUGCCUCGAGCGCUUGGAUCGGCACAUCAGUGGCAUCCUCACCACCGUGUGCAACCACUCCUUCCACUCCUCCUGCAUCUCCAAAUGGACCGACUCCUCCUGCCCUGUGUGUCGCUACUGCCAGCAGCCGUCAGACAAGUCGCAGUGUGCUGUGUGCGGUUCACACGACAGCCUCUGGAUUUGCCUCAUCUGCGGCUUCGUGGGGUGCGGCCGAUAUCAAGGGGGCCAUGCGGAGUCGCACUUCCGCACGUCGCAGCACUGCUACUCGCUGGAGGUGGCGUCGCAGCGCGUGUGGGACUAUGUGGGCGACGCCUUCGUGCACCGCCUCGUGCUCUCCAAGACCGACGGCAAACUCGUUGAGCUCCCCGCGCCUGGGGACCUGGGCGGAGGGGGACGCGGCGGAGGGGCAGGGGGAGGUGGAGGCGGAGGGGGAGGAGGUGGGGGAGAUGGGGGAGAUGGGCGUGUGGGAGGGGAGGGCGGGACCGGUGGUGCUAGAGAGGGGAGUGAUGGAGGGGGGAAGGAGAAAGGGGGGAGUGGGGGAGUGGGGAGUGCGGGGGGAAGGGGACGGGGGGAGGGAGGGGAGUGUGAAGUGGGGCCCGGAGGCAGCUGCAGCAACCAGCACCAUCGCCACGGGGGGGAUGAGGAGUUUGCCCAGGCCGUGAUGAACAGCAAGCUCGAAUCGGUGGCCUAUGAGUACACGCACCUGCUCACCACGCAGUUGGACUCACAACGACUGUACUUUGAGGGGCUGUUAGCAGCAGCCAAGGCCGAGAGGGACGAGGCGGUGGCAGCAGCAGAGGCGGCGAGGGAGAGUGUGAAGGUGCAGAAGCUGCAGUCCCGGCUGGAGCGCGCCGAGCAGGAGAAGGAGUUUCUGAGGCAGGUGAACGACUCGCUAAUUAAGAACCAGAAGCAGUGGCAGGAGAAGUUCAAGCAGCAGGAGGAGAGGGAGAAGGCGGCAGUGGCUGCACGGGACGAGAAGAUCAAAGACCUGGAGGAGCAGGUGCGGGAUCUGAUGGUGUUCAUAGAGGCGCAGAAGAUCGUGGAGCGAGAGGGAGGAGCAGGAACAGCAGAGGGCAUCAGGGAGGGCACUGUGCUGGCUGUGGGGGGUGCGCCUGCUGCCGGGGAGAGAGGGGCAGGCAAGGCGCGGGGGCGGCACGGGAAGAGAAGAUGA